GUGUGUUCGUCAUUGUUCGGCGUGAGCUAGCCUUAGCCAAGUUGCUAGUCAGAGGCUAGUUGAGAAUAAAAGACGUCUAAACUUCACACACACGCAUAUAAGUUCGCUUGACUUUCCACCGUACAGCUGAGAGUGUGUGAAAACUACAAUGAGCAAGAGGAAAGCGCCACAGGAGUCCCCAAACGAGGGAAUAACAGACUUUCUUGUCGAGCUGGCCAACUACGAGAAAAAUGUCAACAGAGCCAUACACAAGUACAAUGCAUACAGGAAAGCUGCAUCUACCAUUUCUAAAUACCCUCAAAAGAUCAAAAAUGGAGAAGAGGCCAAGAAACUGGAUGGUGUUGGAGCUAAAAUAGCAGAAAAGAUUGAUGAGUUCCUGCAAACUGGCAAACUAAGGAAACUGGAAAAGAUUAGAAAUGAUGACACCAGCACUUCCAUCAACCUCCUCACCAGAGUCACUGGAAUUGGCCCUGCUGCUGCCAGGAAGUUUUUUGAGGAUGGGGUGAAGACUUUAGACGAUUUGAAAAAGAUUGAGCACAAGUUAAACCAUCAUCAACAGAUUGGACUGAAGUACUUUGAAGAAUUCGAGAAAAGAAUUCCACGUGCCGAGAUGGAACAAAUGGAGACUCUUAUUCUUGGAGAGCUGGAAAAAAUCGAUACAGAAUAUAUUGGAACAAUUUGCGGGAGCUACAGGAGAGGGGCAGCCUCGAGUGGGGAUAUUGAUAUAUUGUUGACCCACCCAGACUACACCUCCGAGACCGAAAAACAACCCAAGCUUCUCCAUGCUGUGGUCGAACAUUUGGAGGCAAUUGGCUUUGUGACUGACACUCUGUCCAAAGGGGACACUAAGUUCAUGGGAGUCUGCCAGCUGCAGCAGAGUGAUGAAGACGAGGAGGAAUACCUGCACAGGCGUAUUGAUAUCAGGUUAAUUCCCAAGGACCAGUACUACUGUGGAGUUCUGUAUUUCACUGGAAGUGACAUCUUUAAUAAAAAUAUGAGAACUCAUGCUCUGGAGAAGGGCUUCACUCUUAAUGAGUACACCAUACGGCCACUUGGGGUCACUGGUGUGGCAGGAGAGCCUCUGUUGGUGGAUAGUGAGAGAGACAUCUUUGAAUACAUCCAUUACAAAUACAGAGAGCCAAAGGACCGCAGCGAGUGAAGAAAAGAACCGUUUUUACAUUUACAUCUGUAUUCAAAGCAACAGCUUUCCUGUAAACAAAUGUGUGUGUUGCUGUUAUUCUUUCACCGUCCGUGUUUGCCAUUGAAAAGAAAACUGUGAAAGCCAUUCUGGUUAUUUGUUUUGAAAAAACGUCUUUAGUUGAAAUCAUCCCUCGCAAUUAGAUUUUAACAUAAAAAUGUGGGUUCUUUGGACGAGAAAAUUACGAUAUUUUCCAUGGUUAUGUACCCUUGUGAAUGAGUUUUAACUCAUUUUUUUAAACAGAUUUGUAAAUCAUGCUAAACAAUAACUUAUUUUUUACCUCACUUGUACAUUUUUUUAUACACCAAAAACAGGAUUAUGACCUGAGAGAUGUAAUGCCAAUGUGAUUUGUUGUCCUUCCUGAGCUACGAGAACCACCAUCAUCAAGGCAUUGUUUUUCAAUAUUUUUAUUUGCAAAGUUUUUAAAUUAUGAUACAUUUUUAUGCUCCAGUUUAGACAACCCGAAGAUUUGUAAGUACAAGAACAUGGAAACUUUAUAGAAUUAAUUAGCUCACUUCCUGUUAUGGACUACUUUGGUGCAAAUUGGUUUUCUUCAAUUGCUGGUUGAUAAGUAAAUGUAGUGGUAGACUUGCUAAGGUUAUUGCAUGUACUUGUGUGAAAAUUAUUACAUGUAUUAUUAGGUCAAGACAUUAUUGUGUGUUCAAAGCUUGUCAGGUCUGCAAAAUAUAAACGUGAGAUAUUACUACAGCAUAAAACUUGAAUGUUAGAAUUAGGAGUAUGUUUGAGCUUGGACGGUUGCAGAUAAUCAAAAAAUAUUUAAGGGGGAAAAAAGGAAAUCUGUGGAGUUGAUGUCCAAUUUUUUGAUUUUAAGUAUGUAUGACUGAAAUAAAUGGGUAAGAAAAGUU